AUGGCUGUUCGUGGAUUUCUUGUAGCAUUUGAUAACAUUGACAAAGAUCACGAUCACAUCAUCUCACACGAUGACUUGGAGACGUAUGCACGAGAGCAAAAUAUACCAGACGCCUUCGUACAGAGAUGGAUUACUCUUUUUGAUCCUGAAAGAACAGGCAGCUUCACGUAUGAGCACUUCUGCGAAGUCAUUGGACUCAACAAGAAGAAUCCCGCAUCACCAGGCCCCACAGAUGUCAAAGACAUAAUUGACUACAAGAGUACCCUAUCACCGAAACAGAAGGCUGACGUAUCCAAGUAUCUAGAAAACGAAUUUAAAGUAGAGGACCCAAGUGGUUCGUUGCAGCAAAUGUUGCUGUACCUGGACAAGCAGCAUGGGCCGCGUUGGCGCUCCCGUACUGUCCUCGAUGAACACAACAUUCCAGCUGUUGAAGCAAUAAACAAGCAGGUGUACGCUUUCAGCCCCGACGGUGGUGCUCACAAAUACCUCAUCUGGCGUCAGAAGGAGAAGCGAAGUGGUGGCUGCUGUGCUUGCUUCGUCUAG